CUCACGACGUUUCAGUCCUGCAGUGGAUGCAUUAUAUGCAUCAGGCUCUGUUCUACCGUGGCUUCAAUAUGAAAUGUGCGACAUAACGUAAUUUCCACACCAUGUCUCGCUUCGUGGAUGUGUCCACUGCGCUCUCUGCGCAGGGCAGAGUAAGUGUCAUUGGCGUCGUAGUCGACGUCUUCGGUGGGAUUUGGAAGUCUAGAGGCUCAUCCAGCUGUAUCACCUUUACCAUCAAGGACUCAGGUCUUGACAAUGGACAUACAUGGGACGGGUUGAAAAUCAAAUAUUUCAAAGACAAUGAGAGCCAUUUACCUCCCGUCCAGGUACGCGAUGUGAUCCUAAUACGAGAUCUGUGGGUAAGAAAUUUCAAAGGAGACCCUCUUGGAGUCGCUGCCCAGGAUAGAGAAGUACCCUGGGCAAUCUUUCGCUUGGACCCGGAUCCCACGUCUAGUCCUGCACCCCUUUGUGGCCCUACACACUUUGAGCCAUCGCCUUCGGAGAAGAUACAUGCUCUAAAUCUGAUGAAUAGCCUCCCUGCGGUCGAUGGCUUCCGCAAAGCCCCAGCGCAGGAUACUCCGCGUGGUUCCUAUAUUGUCCAGGCUGCAAUUCCAAAUUCCAAACCUUAUCCGCACAAGAAGCUCUCACUUGUCAAGGAUAUUGUAGAACGAAAUUAUGUUGACCUUGUGGGGGAAAUUGUCAAGAUCUAUACCAACGACAGUGAAAAGGUCGUCCUCUAUUUCACCGAUUACACGGCCAACGAUGGUCUCGAAGACCGCCAAAUAGACGAUGCCGGUGACAAUGGCUUUGGCACCGAGGGAGAUAUCUACGGCUAUCAAAAAAGACCCAAGAAGAAAUGGACAGGACCUGUUGGACGAAUGACCCUCUCAAUCACCCUCUGGGAACCCCAUGCAUCGUAUGCGCGCCAACACCUAAAGAAUAACGAUCUCAUCCAGCUAUACAAUGUGCAUGUCAAGCGCAGCCGCAUCAACGGGAUCUUAGAGGCCAGUGUUCACACAAACCGCACGAAUCCAAAUUCAGUGAAUGUACAUACCUUGGACCGUCGCAAAGAUACAUUUGUCGAGCAAUUUCUACAGCGUAGGACGGAAUACUGGAAAGCGAAUCCUCGGAAGCGGGAACCGGAAAACGAAGCCCAGCAAGUCCCCAAGAGAAGCACCAAGAAACAGCGAAAGAGAGCCGAAAAGGUGGAAGAAGGCCAAGUUCCCAUCACGGCAGCAAGCAGCAAGCGAUAUGCACCAAAUGAGAACAUCAUAGCCGGCAAUCCGUCUGUUCCUACAAUGUCCCUCGAAGCGAUCCUCUCCAACAAACUCCAUGACAACAUCUCAUAUGACAACAUACAGUACCGCUUCCCUUUCCAGAAUUUCUGCUACCGAACCACAGUUCGUGUGGUCGAUUUCUUCCCCCCACGACUGGAAGACUUCUCCGUUCCCGAAGACUCCUCCGGCGAGGGAACCUCCCAGAGAGAUCCCGACCGGUUCAUUAGAUGGGAAUGGCGCUUUUGUCUGCUCGUUGAAAGCAUUCCUCCUCCACCCGCAGGCCAGGAGAAAGAACAGAUGAGGUUAUUUGUAGCUGGCCCGGACGCGGAAUAUCUAUUGGGAUUAACUGCAGUCGAUCUAAGACGAAACCAACACGACCUAAAAGAACUCCGAGAAAAGCUCUUCAUACUAUGGGGCGAUCUGGAGGAGCGUAAAAGAGCGGCCCUGCACGACGGAAAGCAAGACAUAGGUCCAGUUUCAUGCAGACCUUUCAAUUGCUGCAUCCAAGAAUAUGGUGUUCUCUGCAGACAUCGCCCUGAUACGGAGAGCACCACCAUUAAUAACGAAGAUGAUGAGAAUGGCUGUAGUCAUGACGACUGCUUUGGCUGGGAGAGGCGCUUUGCUAUGUUCAUGACGACUAUUUCGUAAUACACUUUUGCAUGCAAUACUUUCUUAUGGGAAUAGCGGUGGUGUUUGCUGUUGUAUACAUAGGGUACUUUGUUUUGCUUUUAGU